AUGUCAACAACAGAGAACACAACAACUGCUAUCGUUCAUGAAGCCAUAAGUGAAGAAUACGAGUGGGUUCAGUAUAACAAACAGUUACGUCUCAUUCGUUCGGUCAAAGAUGACAUGUACCAAAUGCAAAGUAUUUUGACAGCAUGUUUUGCUCCAGAUACUAAACACGCAGACGACUGGUUCAAAAACCAAAGCACACAAGAACUUUUGAGUGAAAUUUCUCUAGACCGACUUUUCUCGGGGUCGCCAAAACUCUAUGAAAAUCGUAAAAAUUUGCCAAAUGGUUUGAGAGGUUGGUAUGUACAUAGACUUCUUGUAAAUGCUGUUGCAAUGUGGGCUUCGCCUCGUUAUGCUUGGUAUAUUUGCAGACUUCUUGACGAAAUUCAUAGACAAGAACGUGAAGAGCUAGAGAACAAGCUUCAAGCAAAAGAUGAAGUCAUUGAAGCAAAAGACAAAAACAUACAGAAAAGAAUACCACGUUCGGUACCAAAAGGAAAGGAAAAGAACUAUAAGUAUAUGAUUUACACUGAAGAGAUGGAAAAUUAA